CCGCACUUUAGCUCCGCCCCUAUCCCUGGAGGCCGCGCCUCAGCCGUGGCUGCAAACUUUAGAUACUCUUUUAAGUUACGGAGGUGUGUGAGACCCCUUGAGGUCAUGGCUGAAAAGAAAACAGCUGGGUAAAUAAGCGAGGCGCGAGUGAGCAGGGCUGGAAGCGCAGAGUGGGAGUCGGCGCACCUCAGUCCCGCGCAGGCCUGGGUCUUUCGCCGCUCACUGGCACCGAAGUUUAAGGGCCCGGUCCACUGCCGCGGCGCAAGUGAGCAGCCUCAGGAAGCCUCGCCAGCUCGGGUCAGAGACGACCACCCCUGGUCUCUGACCCGAGGAGAAACCGAUGUCAGCGACAGGGGCUGUUUCAAAGCCAGUUACAGAGGCUGGAACCCUCCAGGAAGAGGACUCUCCAAGAACAGGGGCAUAAGCACAGCCCCAGUGAAGAGUUGACAUUAUGAGGCCGAGUUUGGCUUCUGAUUUCCGUAAGCGGUAGGAGGACGAGGUAGAGGUGCAGCCUUGUGGUGAGGAGGGAGUUCCUGUAGAGGCCCUAGUGGGCUUUCCCCGAAAAGGGAACAGUCAGGGCACGGUGCCCAGCUCAGUGGUGAUUUUCUCUCUGCCCCCAGCACUGGAGUACUUGGAGCAUUUGGUCCCUGCGGCGCUGGAUGCCAUGAGUUGCUAAAAGUGAGCCUGGCUUUUCAGCUGUCUUGGGGGCACAGUGUCGGGGGCACAGAGCCAUGUCUGACCUGCUUCUCCUAGGCCUGAUUGUGGGCCUGACUCUGCUGCUGCUGCUGACACUGCUGGCCUUUGCUGGGUACUCAGGGCUGCUGUCUGGGGUGGUGGUGAGUGCCGGCUCACCCCCCAUCCGCAAUGUCACUGUGGCGUACAAGUUCCACGUGGGGCCCUACAGCGAGACUGGGAGGCUUUUCACCGAGAGCUGCAGUGUCUCCCCCAAGCUCCGCUCCAUCGCCGUCUACUACGACAACCCCCACAUGGUACCCCCUGAGAAGUGCCGCUGUGCAGUGGGCAGCAUUCUGAGUGAAGGUGAGGAGUCACCCUCCUCUGAGCUCAUCCAGCUCUACCAGAAAUUUGGCUUCAAGGUGUUCUCCUUCCCGGCACCCAGCCAUGUGGUGACGGCCACCUUCCCCUAUACCUCCACCCUGUCCAUCUGGCUGGCUACCCGCCGUGUCCAUCCUGCCCUGGAUGCCUACAUCAAGGGGCGGAAGCUGUGUGCCCACCCUCGGCUAGAGAUCUACCAGCAAGACCAGAUCUAUUUCAUGUGCCCGCUGGCACGGCAGGGAGACUUCUACGUGCCUGAGGUGAAGGAGACAGAGCGGAAAAGCCGAGGGCCCACAGAGGCCACUGACGCCCAGAUGGAUGGCACAGGAGCUGAUACGAUGAGUGACACGAGUUCUGUAAGCCUGGAGGUUGGUCCUGGCAGCCGGGAGACUUCAGCUGCCACACUGUCCCCUGGGGUGAGCAGCCGUGGCUGGGACGAUGGUGACACCCGCAGUGAGCACAGCUAUAGCGAGUCGGGCGCCAGUGGCUCAUCCUUUGAGGAGCUGGACCUGGAAGGCGAGGGAGCCCUGGGAGAGCCAAGGCUGAGCCCUGAGGCUGAACCCCUAGGGGCUGCCAAGUGGCCCCGGGAACCUAGUACCCCCGAGAAGGGUGAGGAGUAACCCUAGGCUCAUGCCCUCCUGGGGUGCAAUCGCUAAGGAACUGAGCAGACUCUCCAGCCCUCUUCCUCCUUCACCUCUCAGGCCCAGGCUGGGGCCUGGGGCCUCAGGGGGACCUGAUUUCCACUGCCCUGGGCUCUAGCUAAGCCUUCUUACCAUACUUUUGGCUCCCAGGGCCAAAGGAGCCAGGGACUGUAAUCUGCACCCAGACCCCGGGGCUACUGCCCCUCUGACACAUCUUUUUUCAGAUUCACAUUGGAGCUUCCAGAACCAGAAUAAAGCAUAUAAUUUUCUUGUUUCACCUGGA